AUGGAUACUGAUCAAGCACCGUUUUUGACUACAUCGACGCAAGGAAUCGACAUGAUCGAAGGUGAUAUCACAUUACCUUCGAAUCGGACCAAUUCCAAUGAAUUGUCAACAUUAGAUGAGCCAGUUCUAGACACAAUAAAACGUGAUCUCGGUGCCGUUUUUCGUAAAUUUGGUUAUGCAGUCAUUCCACGUCAUUCAUCAACACUUCUACAACAAUGGGAUCUAUGGGGUCCACUGAUUCUAGUAACAACACUAGCCAUUCUUCUGCAAAGUAACGCGACGAAAUCAAGUGCAGGUGCACAGUUCGCGGAAGUCUUUACGUUAAUGCUGAUUGGUUCAAUUGCUGUUACCGUUAAUUCUCAACUGCUCGGCGGAAAAAUAUCAUUCUUUCAAUCUGUUUGUGUUCUUGGUUACUGUUUAUUACCAUUGCUAUUAUCAGCAUUCGUGAACAAUAUUCUUCUAUACAUUCCAACCAAAUCGACGAUAUCUAUUUUACAUAUCAUACGUUUUCUUGUCGUCAUGGCUGCAUACGCGUGGACGAUGUAUGCAAGUGUUCAGUUUUUAGGUCAAACUCAACAGCCGAAUCGCCGUAUGCUUGUNAUAUCAUUCUUUCAAUCUGUUUGUGUUCUUGGUUACUGUUUAUUACCAUUGCUAUUAUCAGCAUUCGUGAACAAUAUUCUUCUAUACAUUCCAACCAAAUCGACGAUAUCUAUUUUACAUAUCAUACGUUUUCUUGUCGUCAUGGCUGCAUACGCGUGGACGAUGUAUGCAAGUGUUCAGUUUUUAGGUCAAACUCAACAGCCGAAUCGCCGUAUGCUUGUACUCUAUCCGAUAUUUUUAUUCUAUUUUCUCAUUGCUUGGUUGAUUAUACUUCAUGCACAUCCGAAAUAA